CUCCCCUCUCUUGCGUAACCUAAAAUUAAAUUAAAAUUCAACCUAAAUGCACUCCAAAUAAAUUCCAAACCCAAAUGCACCUUGUUCUGAACAAAAAACUAUCUUCCCCUUCAAAUUUUCUCUCUUUCUCUUUCUUCUCAGAGUUCAAACCCCCAUUACCAGCGCCACUGCAACUUCGCUUGUAAACUCCGAAACACCAACCUUUAACUCAGCGGGGGAAUGAAUCUGUGGACGGACGAUAACUCCUCCGUCAUGGAGGCAUUCAUGUCCUCCUCCGAUCUCUCCUCCAUAUGGCCAGCGCCGGCGCCGCCACAAUCCACCGCUGUCUUCAACCAGGACACUCUCCAGCAGCGUCUCCAGGCCCUCAUGGAGGGCGCCAGAGAGAGCUGGACCUAUGCCAUCUUCUGGCAAUCCUCCUACGACUACGCCGGCUCCUCACUCCUCGGUUGGGGCGACGGUUACUACAAAGGCGACGACGACAAAGCCAAAGCCAAAGCCAAGGCCAAGGCCACCUCCUACGCCGACCAAGACUACCGUAAAAAGGUCCUCCGCGAACUCAAUUCCCUCAUCUCUGGCUCCUCCGCCGCCUCCUCCGACGACGUCGACGAAGAGGUCACUGACACCGAGUGGUUUUUCCUCGUUUCCAUGACCCAGUCCUUCGUCAAUGGCGGCGGGUUGCCCGGUCAGGCCUUCUUCAAUUCCGCCCCCGUUUGGGUCACCGGCGCCGACCGUCUCUCCGCCUCGCCGUGCGAGAGGGCGCGGCAGGGACAGGUGUUCGGGCUGCAGACUCUGGUAUGCAUACCUUCAGCCAAUGGCGUCGUUGAACUAGGUUCCACGGAGCUGAUUUAUCAGAAUUCGGAUCUGAUGAACAAGGUGAAGGUUCUCUUCAAUUUCAACAGUAAUCUUGAUGUGGGUUCGUCGUGGCCGUUAACUGCUAGCACCGCCGAUCAAGGCGAGAACGACCCUUCCUCGCUCUGGCUCAGCGAUCCCGAAGUUAGGGAUUCCGUUAACACCGUUGCUGCUACCCCUUCCGUUUCAGUUUCCGUUUCAAUUCCUACCAAUCAAGGAAUUUCAAAGACGAUGCAGUUUGAAACCCCAGGUUCAAGUACUUUAACCGAAACCCCAAGUUCUGUUCACACGAUUCACCAACCCUCGCAGAACCAGAGCAUCUUCUCCAGGGAAUUGAACUUCUCCGAGUACGGUUUCGACGGCAAGAAUGGGAACAGUAACCAGCAUUCUCUGAAACCAGAAUCCGGCGAGAUUCUGAGCUUCGGUGAGAGCAAAAGGAAUUCUUUCGGCGGCGUGAACGGAAAUUCUCAUUUCUUCUCCGGCCAGUCGCAGUUCGUUGCGGCUGCUGAAGAGAAUAACACCAACACCAACAACGGGAAGAAGAGGUCGCCAAAUUCGAGGGGCAGCAACGACGACGGGAUGCUCUCCUUCACCUCCGGCGUGAUUCUUCCGGCCACGAAUUUGAAGUCCACCGGCGGCGGAGGCGGUGAUUCCGAUCAUUCGGAUCUCGAAGCUUCUGUGGUGAAGGAUCCUGAUAUCAGCACAGUGGUGGAACCGGAAAAGCGUCCCAGGAAGAGGGGGAGGAAGCCGGCGAACGGAAGAGAGGAACCGUUGAACCACGUGGAAGCAGAGAGGCAGAGGAGAGAGAAGCUGAACCAGAGGUUCUACGCGCUUCGCGCGGUGGUUCCGAACGUGUCAAAGAUGGACAAAGCUUCCCUUCUUGGGGACGCAAUAUCUUACAUUACGGAGCUGAAAUCGAAGCUUCAAAGCCUGGAAUCGGAUAAAGAUGGGUUGCAGAAGCAACUUGACGCAGUGAAGCAAGAACUUGAGAAAACCACUGAGAACUCUUCUUCUCCUAAUCCUACUCCUAAUAAGUCAUCGAAUACCGCCUUAAUUGACUUGGAUAUCGACGUGAAGAUUAUUGGGUGGGACGCGAUGAUAAGGAUCCAAUGCAGCAAGAAGAACCACCCUGCAGCGAGGUUGAUGGCAGCGUUGAUGGAGUUGGAUUUGGACGUGCACCACGCGAGUGUGUCGGUGGUGAAUGAUUUGAUGAUCCAACAAGCGACAGUGAAGAUGGGGAGUAGGUUUUACACGCAGGAACAGCUUCGGUCGGCACUGUCGUCCAAAGUUGGGGAUGUUCGAUAGGUCUUGAGUUUGGUGCAUUGGGUGGGAAUGGGAGUAAUUAAUAUGUAUUUGUAUGUGUCUGUCUCGUUAGCUCUUAAGUUUCAUGCAGUUGUGGAGCUCUGGGAUAUUUUAAGCCUUCCCGGUAGCUGUUUCUGUAUAAUAACCUCUUUCUUUUUUGGUAGCUUAGUCUUCAUGAAUUUUGAGGUAGUUUCAGUUGGGAAGCUCCAGGGACUAGAUCAACUAGCUAGGGACAGUUUUCGUGGGCGGAGGAGAUAGGCAUAAUCAAGAAUAGGGGUAUUUUUAUGUGUCUAGAUUGUGUAUAUAUUAUAUAGCUUUCAUAAAUGUGAUCAUCAUAAAAUUUCUCGAUGUUCUUCUUCAGCUUAUAAUCAGUUAUUAAUUGCAUUCCGUUUAUGCCAAUCAAGCCAUGGUUGGUUCUGCUUUUCUUUUCUUUUCUUUUUCUCUUUUUUUGGGUUAUUUUUGGUUCGAGCAUGACGACAUGCAAAAUGAGUCUUCUUAUUGGAUUUUCUUGUUAAUUUGUUACAAAAUCGUAGAAGAAAACGUUUUUGAAUUCUUGUUGAUAAAGUUCAUUAUGUGUUUUGGUUGUCUGAUCUGUCAUGGGAAAAGUUUGAUUUUUUUGUGAUUGAGUUGAACCCUUGGUGGUUGUCUGUCAACAACAAUUUUCUAUCUGCUUCGAGUUGUUUCUUUUUAGCCAUGUGAAAAAUGCAUACCAACAGAAAAUCCUUCAUCCUUCUCCAUCUUUAGGUUGACGGUAAUUCUUUUUGAGCGUGUCUACAUCUUUGCUAUGUUUUCAAGUUUUUUACUUGCUCGUCCUCUGGGUAAUUUUUUCCCAUCUGGUAAGCCACUUUCCUGUUCAGGUAUUCUGGUAACUAAGUAAUGUUCUGACCCUACCAACUUUGACAAUGAAAAUGUCUUCCGACAUGCAUGGUAGGAUUAAGGGAAAAAAAGAGGGUGUUGAAUACAACUGUAGUCCAAAGUUGUCUCUGUACGAGGCUAUGGCAUGUAUGUGUUUGUGGAAUCUGAAGCGCCAACAUGCACAGGAAUGGCCAUCACCCCACCAUUAGAAAGAGACCGAAAAGGGUGUGGUUCUUUCUCUUUAACUACAUUAAAAACAACGUGGAAUUGGAAUCUGGUUUUGAUGCGUUUACCAACUAUUUAUGCUAUGUUAAAUUGUUAUACAUGGAGCCUAUUUUAUCGAUGUAUGGCUUUGCGUACUUUACUAGCAACACGCUUGACUUUUUGGCAUUUUAGGAAUCACGGAAUAGAGCUGAUUUGGACUAAAAAAAUUAUGUUCAAGUUAUGUUAACAUCUUCUAAAUAUAUUAUUGCUCACUGAAAGACAAGAGUUCAAUCCAGCCAUGUGUGUUGUAAUGAUGGAAUUUUCCACUUAAAUAAAUAAAUAAUUUCAUUACUAACUUAUCUCAACAAACCGAAGAUGCAUUGCCACGAUUAAUGAAGGCUUUUACUAUGUUAAUGCUCUUCACAGUUUUCCCCGUGUGGGCGUCUUUAACUGCCUUCAGCAAUAAUCCUUCGGAUUUGUUACCAAAAGUGAUGGGUUCCCCUUUCUCUGUUGAGGGUGAGCUGUAAAAUCCACUUUCUCCUUUAAGGUCGUAGCAAAGGCACAGGCUGUUCUAUGCUUUCCAGUGAAAGCAUAAUGCAUGGCGACAAUUAUAGAAGGCGUUCAAGCAA